CACACACACACAGAGUACAGAGGGCAGAGACACGCUGGGGAGCUGCUCAGGACACAAGUACAGUAGUUAUGUCGAAUGAGAUGGCAGCCCCUCUUAUCUUGGAUGAAGAGGACACAAAUGAUAAUGUGCAUAUGACUAGUCCUUCCACUGUGGCCAUUCUGGGAUCUGGUGACUUCUCGCGGUCCUUGGCUAUGCGUCUGGUAGCAUGUGGGUUUGGUGUGGUGGUGGGGAGUCGUUGUAUCAAGCGCAUCUCUCCUGGUCUCUUUGUGGAUGCAGUGGAGCUGAACAGUCAGGAGGCAGCAGUAGCAAAAUCCAAGAGGCUGGUCUUCAUGGCCUUGUUCCCUGAAUACUAUCCAUCCCUGCUGGGCCUCAGAAGUGCACUGGCUGGAAAGAUUCUCGUGGAUGUGAGUAAUGCUGUGGCGAUGAACAGCAAGGGGCCAUCUAAUGCAGAGCAGCUUGCUGAGAUGUUCCCAGACAGUGUGGUCGUUAAAGGCUUUAACACAAUUUCUGCCUGGACUCUACAGACUGGUGCGCAUGAUGGCAGCCGACAGGUGCUGCUGUGCAGUGACAGUGCAGAAGCAAAACAUGAGGUGGCCCAGCUCGCCCGGUGCAUGGGCUUCUACCCAGUAGAUGUUGGCAGUCUGUGUUUUGCACAGAAUCUCGAAAAAAAGCCCUUAUACCUCUUCCCCUCCUGGCGUGGCCCUGUAUUAGCCACCUUCCUGCUUUUCUUAUUCUUUUAUUGCUAUGGAUUUAUCCGUGACAUUCUUUUGCCAUACUUAGCUCAUGGACAAAACUCCUUUUACCGCCUAGUCUUUGAUCUAGUGAAUGAAAGCUUGCCGUGCGUAGCGCUGGUCAGCCUGUCACUGGUGUACUUGCCAGGGCUGUUUGCGGCAUGGCUGCAGCUGUGGAGAGGCACCAAGUACCAGCGUUUUCCCUGCUGGUUAGAUACCUGGCUUUUAUGGAGGAAACAGCUUGGCCUGCUGAGCUUUAUGUGUGCUGCUCUGCAUGGAGUGUAUUGCCUCUGCUUUCAACUCCGUACCAUCACACAACGCAGGCUAAUCAACACUGCUUACUCACAGGUGAACUCAGGUGUGGAGAUGCCAUGGGAUGAACAGAAGGUAUGGCGAACUGACCUCUAUUUGUCCAGUGGAGUGUUAGGCCUAGGCAUUCUCUCCCUGUUGGCCAUCACAUCUCUUCCCUCAGUGGGCAACAUCCUCACAUGGAGGGAGUUCACCUUUAUUCAGUCUGGACUUGGUUAUGCUGCUUUGACUCUCUCUCUCAUGCACACGCUGGUGAUCGGCUGGAACUUUGCCUUCUCCUCCAAGGCCUAUGCAUUCUACAUGCCACCAAGUUACAUGUUAGCUGUGGCUCUGCCAUGUGCCGUCCUGGUGUGCCGCUGUAUCCUGCUGCUGCCAUGUUUCUCUGCCAGGUUGGCACGCAUACGCAGAGGCUGGGAAAGCAUGCGCAAAUGUCCUGUGUCACACAACAACCGAGUGCGGAUAAACAGGACAGAUCCAGAUGUUUAACUGGCACUUCCAUGGAUAUCACCAUGGACAUUUUCAAACUGCAACCAGAUAGUGGUAUUACUUUUUUCCACCUGUUUAUAACAGUUAAUGGGGAAGAGAAGAACCUGCAAUGGCCUUUUUUUCAUGAUUUUAGAGACCAAGCACACUUGCAUUACAAACCUUUACAACCUAUUAUUGAGCUUUGAACCAGCAUUUGUGCGAUAUGCCAGUACAACCACAAGCAAUCAUUUGUGUAAGGUACACUAUUUCCAUACCAGGUUAUGACCGUAUAAUUAACAAACAAGCAGACAAAAACCCUCCAGACAUUCAUGCAUUAAUCUUGCCUAGUAAAGGCAUUUAAAACUUCCUCAACAAUUCAGGAAUUUCACUGCCACAAGUAUUGCUUUAUGAAAUUAUAUUUCCUUGGAAAUUGACACGUUGUAAACUAAUAGAGAUUGCUGUUAUUUGUUAUAUCUUUACAUCCACAUCAACAGUCAAUGUCAGCCAUUUUUCAAUCCAAUAUCCUGUCACUAAAAGCUUACCUCUGCUGACCCACAGGAAACAUUUUAUCAGUAAAGUUAUACCAUAAUCAGUGCUUGUUAAUGACUUCCUACAAUGUCCAUGCUAAGCCUUAUUACAGCAAUUAAAAAGUAUCUAGUGAUAGUUAACGAUGGUUAUAUGAGAGGAAAUGUCUUGUAUAUAGCCCCUUAAACUAGCACAGUUCCAACCUGUAGUCAUGCUUACAUAGGCUGUAAGUACUCAUUCUGCCACUAAAUUAUAUUGAUCUAUUAUCAAAUUACACCAUUUCAUAAGGAAAAUUCAAUUAAAAACACAAGCUUGAUAUAUGCAUUUUUUAACUAGUAUUGGAAUUUGAUGGUCACGGUUUUAAAUAGUUGAUGGUCUGGCAUUUUCACUUAUAUUGAGGUACAUAGUUAUCUUAAACAACUUGCCUACAUAUACUAAUCAUGCUUUCACGUGUGAAGAAAUGAAAAAGUCGAUUUGAAUCUGGCAUAAUUAAGGACCAAGAUAUUAAAGCCCAAGCAUAUAUAUAUAUAUGCUUAUAUUGAAUACUUGCUGGUGUGUGUUAAUGGGGAGGCUUCAAACUUCAAAUUGUGUAUUUGGUUUUUUGAAUAUGUCAGGUUGAACAAAAGUUAUCAUUACUUUAAUCAUUACCAGAAUAUGGGAACAAUAUCACAAAAAUGUAGAACUCUCAAAAUAAGCACAUUAUGUUUUUAUAAUUUUUUAAUCAUAGACACAAC